GGGUUUUUACUUCCUUGAUGUCCAGCGUUGGCAGUGCUGCAUGAUGAAAAUACUCACUAUAAUAACCUUAUUUGCGUCAUAUUUGAUAGCUAACAGCAUUAACAUUGAGGCUAGUGCGGGGCAGUUCUUCAGCAGCGGUCAUACAAACAAUUGGGCUGUUCUGGUGUGCACCUCAAGAUUCUGGUUCAAUUACCGACAUGUCGCCAAUACUUUGUCUGUGUACAGAAGUGUCAAGAGACUGGGCAUUCCUGACAGCCACAUAGUCCUGAUGCUGGCUGAUGACAUGGCUUGCAACCACAGAAACCCCAAACCUGCUACAGUAUUUAGCCACAAGAACAUGGAGCUCAACGUGUAUGGUGACGAUGUUGAGGUAGACUACCGAGGAUAUGAGGUGACAGUGGAGAACUUUUUGCGAGUCUUGACUGGGCGGCUUCCCGCCAGCACUCCACGCUCCAAACGCCUCCUCUCUGAUGACCGGAGCAAUAUCCUCAUAUACCUGACAGGCCAUGGCGGGAAUGGUUUUCUGAAGUUCCAGGACUCGGAGGAGAUCAGUAACGUGGAGCUGGCUGAUGCUUUCGAACAGAUGUGGCAGAAAAGAAGGUACAACGAGCUGCUCUUCAUCAUUGACACCUGUCAAGGCGCCUCCAUGUAUGAGAGAUUUUACUCUCCGAACCUCAUGGCUCUGGCCAGCAGUCAGGUUGGAGAAGACUCCCUGUCGCACCAGCCAGAUUUGGGGAUAGGAGUCCAUUUGAUGGACCGUUACACCUUCUACCUGCUGGAGUUCCUGGAGGACAUCCACCCUGCAAGCAAAGCCAACAUGAAUGAUCUGUUCAAAGUCUGUCCCAAAAGUCAGUGUGUGUCCACUCCGGGCCACCGUACUGACCUGUUCCUGAGGGAUCCAGGAAGUGUUCUCAUCACAGACUUUUUUGGAAGUGUCCGAAAAGUGGAGAUCACCAUGGAAGCCAUAAACUUGACCGACCCUAUAAAGCAAGUGGAGGAGAGUCCUGUGAAUGGAGAAGUCCACAGAAAAGUGCACUCAUACAUGGACCAGCUGCCAGUGUCUGAGAUCAUCCAUCAGAAACCAAAGCAGAAAGACUGGCAUCCUCCUGAUGGCUUCAUCCUGGGUCUAUGGACUUUAAUCCUGCUGGUGUUUUUCAAGACGUACGGUGUCAAGCAUCUCAAACACAUCUUCUGAGGAUUCAGCAUUUACCCUGCUGGACAUACGAGGACAGAAAGCUGCAGUUUUUACUGAGGGGAUUUUAGUUUUUUUUUUGGUGGGGUGGGGGUGGGGGGGAGGCAAACUUAAUGGAGAGGCCUGCAACAACAACUAUUGCAGUUUCUUGGAAAGUACAUGAAACAUUUGGUGCCUUUUUGCUGUUGAGAUGAUUGCUCUCUGCUGUUGGAUGAAAACAUUUUGUGUUCAGUUACAAAUGUGCAUCUUACAUCCAUUUUUCAACUAUUUUAUGUGUUUUGCAAGGACUCUAACUUCUAUAUUUAUUUGUGUCCGAUGUUCUGUUUUGGAAAACCAUUCCUUUGUUGUUGUGUUGGUUUAAAAUGCACUGAACUGAGCCUGCAGAUAAUUUAAUUUAUUUUGAGAGCAUGUUGCUCUGCAUAUUUUAGCAGCAGCAGCCUAUUUGUUUAAGUGCUGCUCAGAAUGUCUGCUGGGUCAGAAAAAGAAGGCAAAAUGAGAGUAGGCUGAUUGCCUGUGAGUGGGCUGUGGAGAGAUUACUAUUUAAUGUCUCCCUUGUCCGUAUACGUUACACCUUUUGACCGUCGUAUCAGUCUUAUGAAGGAUAACAAUCGUACAUAAUCCCAUCUCGUGUGAUGGACCCAUCCACUUUUCCAUUCACUAAAUUGCUCUCCCUGUGGAAACAUCCAUUAGCUCCCCAGCCGUUUUCACUGCUGAUUGUAUUGUGGGUGAUGGACAGCUUUCUCCUGGCCAUUCUGCGUCUAGUGUAGCAAUAAGCAAGUGAAAACCUGGACAGCCAUCGGCCUUCACAAAUAAUUCUCCUUUAAGCUUUGAGGUGUUUUCCUUUUUUUUUUAUUUUAUUUUAUUUGAUUUUCUCUCCACUUAUAGCCUUUCUCACCUUGUGUAACCACUCUGCAUUAGGCUCAUUGUUGUUUGGGGGGGAUGUGGGUGAGUGAUGCUCGAGGAAUAUGGAUUGAACCGAUGGUAGUUUAUCUUUUCUGCCUGGCGCAAGGGCCCGCCCAUCCGCUGCCCGCUGCCAAUCUUCCUCACGGCUGAAAUGGAAAAUGGAUGGACUUGGAAAUGAAACCAUAUGUAUCGGAAGGCAGCUGCUGCGUCAGCUAAUGUGUACCUUCUCUAAUACAUUAUUUAUGCAACACUUAUUUCCUCUCCAGCUUGCUUAUUUCCUGUAAUCUUAUUCUUCCUGCUUGCUUUUGUAAUUUUAUUUCCUCAGUUGGAGGAUUUUGAUGCCCUGAUUUAAACAUAAAACACCCAAAAGAAUAAAUCUACAUCUUAAACUGC